AUGCUAUUUUAUUCUUGCCUUUUUCCAUUUUUGUUUUUUUAUUCCUUCUUUUUUAUUUUGUAUUUUACCUUUGUUCUUUUUUUCUUUAUUCCUUCUUUUUCAUAUUUUUUUUAUUUUACAUUUGUCUUAUUAGCAUUUCAUUCCUUUUUCACUUUUACCUUUGCUUUUUUUCCAUUUUUUGCUCAUUCUUUCUUUCUCUUUUUCUAUUUUAUCUUUGACCUUGUAAAAACUUUGUCCUUUUUUCCUUUUUCUUCUUUUUCAUUUUUCUUCUUUUUCCUUUUUUCUUCUUUUUCCUUUUUUCUUCUUUUUCCUUUUUUCUUUUUUCUUCUUGUUCCUUUUUUCUUGUUGUUCUUUUUCUCUCUUUUUUCUUCUUUUUUCCUUUUCUCUCUUUUUUCUUCUUUUUUCCUUUUCUCUCUUUUUUCUUCUUUUUUCCUUUUCUCUCUUUUUUCUUCUUUUUUUCUUUUUCUUCUUUUUUCCCCUUUUUCCUUUUCUUCCUUUUUCUUCUUUUCCUUUUUCUUCUUUUGUCCCUUUUCUUCUUUUUUGUUUUUUCCUUUUUUCUUUUAUUUUUCCUGUUUUCUUCAUUUUUCUUUUUUUUCCUUUUUAUUCCUUCUUUUUCAUAUUUUUUUCUAUUUUACUCUUGUCUCAUUACCAUUUCAUUCCUUUUUCUUGUUUUACCUUUUUUUUCCAUUUUUUUUUCUUAUUCCUUCUUUCUUUUUUUCUAUUUUAUCUUUCCUUCAGUAUUUUAUAUACAUCUUCCAUAUUUUCAUUUCCAAAAUUUAUUUCUCUCUUCUGUCCAUUUCUAUUCUUCAACAAAUAACCCUUUACAUUCCUUGUGAUUACUCCCUUACAUUUUCUUUCUCCUCUCUGGCACCAUUUUCUCUCUUUUUAUCCUUUUCUCUUCUUGUUUCUCUCUCUUUCUAUCCUUGUCUCUGUUUUUCUCUUUUUGCAUUCUUGUCUCAGUCUGUUCCUGUCUCUCCCUUUUUGUUCCUGUCUAUUUCUUUUUCUUUCUAUUCUUUUCUACACCUCACUCUCUAUAUAUAUUCUUGUCUCUACCUGUUUCUCUCUCUUUCUAUCCUUUCUCUGCUUGUUUCUCUCUCUAUAUUCUUGUCUCUGCUUGUUUCUCUCUAUAUAUUCUUGUCUCUGCUUGUUUCUCUCCCUAUUCUUGUCUCUACCUGUUUCUCUCUCUAUAUUCUUGUCUCUACCCAUUUCUCUCUCUCUCUAUUCUUGUCUCUGCUUGUUUCUCUCUCUAUAUUCUUGUCUCUGCUUGUUUCUCUCUAUAUAUUCUUGUCUCUGCUUGUUUCUCUCUAUAUAUUCUUGUCUCUGCUUGUUUCUCUCCCUAUUCUUGUCUCUACCUGUUUCUCUCUAUAUAUUCUUGUCUCUACCCAUUUCUCUCUAUAUAUUCUUGUCUCUACCUGUUUCUCUCUCUAUUCUUGUCUCUACCCGUUUCUCUCUAUAUAUUCUUGUCUCUGCUUGUUUCUCUUUUUGAUAUCUUAUUUCUUUACUGUUGCUCUUCUUUUCUUAAACCUCCUCUCUUGUUUUUUCAUUUUCCCUCUCUCUUUCCUAUUUUCUCUCUAUUCUCAAUUUUCCAUUAUUUCUCUUUUGUUUCUUAGCCUUCCCCUGUUUUUUCUCACUCACUCACUCUCUUUCUUUCUUUCUUUUUCACCCUUAUUCGUCCUUUUUAUUUUCUCUUUUUAUCUUUCUUUCUUGUAUCUCUCCUCUUUUAUCUUUAUCUCCUCCCCCACUCUUUUUUUACUCUAUUCACCUCCCACUCUCUCUUUUUCUAACCAUUCCUUUGCUUUCCAACUUUGCCAUUAUUUCCCUCUGCUGGGAAAAGGAACUUCCCUAUCUUGA